AUGUACAAGCCCGCCGCUGAACUAUUGUACAAGCACUCAUCCCCACAGAUCUCCACUGUUCAAGCUGUGGUGAAAGAUCUGAAGACAGUCAUCCGCUUGCGGAAAGCACAGAGCGCCUUCUACCAGCAUAAGCCGAACCAGACACCUGAGGAUCUCAAGUCCCACAAUGGCCACCAGUACUUCAUCAGCGUGCUUGAAGAAGUAUUGGAUUCUAUGGUUCAGCUGUCUGAAAACUACGGUUUCUACCUGGCAUAUUUCCAGAUCGACUCUGAGGCUAUCCGUUCUUUCUGCAAGUCAUGCUGGCAAAUGCACAAGAAGGGAGAGCUAUCUUUGGAGAUCGCCGCCAUGAUGACCAACACCGAUCAAGCUCCUAUUCCUGAACGCGAAGAACAAAGCGCACGGCAGAAGUGGGACAUCGCGGCAUUUCUAGUCCGCGAGUUCUUGCGGACCGCAAAAGUACUGCCUCCAAAGGAGUCGCCGGAAUGGAGAAGACUACCAGAGAGCAGAGGCGGUGACCGGCUCACCGUCUCAAUGUGCCGCAUGUUCCGCGAAGGCACUGUUGGAGAUUGGCAGCCGCUUGGACUUGAUCUGCUUGUGGAUGCCAUCAACAUCCUUGGGCCCAAAGUUGACGAGCCUUGGAAGUCUUUCCGACAGACACAUCGGAAGAGCCCCGUGAGCCGCGUGAUCCCUUUCGUAACGCUCCUUCCUGACAGCUUGUCAGAUUUCCGGUACCAGUUCACCAGUCCCGAUGAGGAUCUGAUGGUGACUGCGAUCGGAAAGUUGCGCUGGGCAGCCAAACGCAAGGCGAAGAAGCGAGGAAAGGGCGUUUCUGAAUCUCCAAUCAACACGGAGAUACCAAAAUUCUUCCUAAGCUCCAAGAAUGUCGUCCAAACAGGCAUUACUUCGUUUCUUCGCAAGUUUGGCACGAACGGGUUCCCGAUAAUCCACGAUAUGUACCAGAUACGCAGUGCACUCGUGGAGGCAGGGCGACUACCUCAGAACGCAAAGUGGGGGCAUCUCGACCAUUUGGCAGAAUCUGACGGCGAAGAGAUUAUUUUCGUGGGAACAGACGCGCCUAAAUGGCUCUGCAAACGAUCAGAUCCCCUAUUCGACAUCGCACAAAGCUCUGCGUUCUUGCUGGAAACAGUGACGAAGGGGGAGAUGGAAAAAUACUUCUUCAGAUCAGAAAUCGGUAGCAUCCUGGUAGCCAUGACAGUUGCUGAAGACGACCCAUUCAUUGGACUGCGGCGUCUCCAGAACUGGAUCAUGGACGACAAGCUCAUGGCAUGGCUAUGUCCAAAGGCCUCGCAGACCGCUGUCACCGAAGAUUGUGAUGAAAAUCUCUCCAUAGCAUUCGAAAACCUCGACCUCGCCGCUACCCAUGAUUAUGAGAGCAAAGCACCCCGGACAAAGGGCCAAGAAGCCUUUCGCAAGCGCGCCCUGGAUGAACUCAAAGGGGACACGAACGAGGACGGGUACCUCACUCCAGCGGCGCAACUCCGGUGGCUCUUCCAGGUCAUGCGGGAUGACGAACAAAAAUGCUUCAUUGAUCUAUCUAAGCUACUUGGCGAUUGCGAAGAGCUAGGUGAGAAGAUUGAUCAAAGUAUGCUGGUGCCCAUCCCAAAGACUUACCGAAACCACGGGAAGCAGCAUUCUUCAUUUUUGAUGAUGUGGCAUGGCCUGCACGGAGCCCCGGAAAUUGAGUCCCUGGUAAAAGAGGUCGCCAAGUUAUUCCAAGAAAAGAUGGAGUAG